CAGGCUCGACUUGAUUGUUCAGUUCUGAACCAUGUGGCCUGUGGGUUUAUUUACAUUUUUUUCUUAAUCAGCUUUUGAGUCUUAAUUGACACUGGCCAGAAGAAGACCCCAGACAAGAAAGAUGGGCGACGAAUGUCUUUUCAAAAGCCUAAAGGGACUAUUGAAUAUUCUGUGGAAUCAAGAGAUACUUUAAACAGUAUUGCCUUGAAAUUUGAUACAACACCCAAUGAACUGGUUCAAUUAAAUAAGCUUUUCUCCAGAGCAGUCGUUCCUGGACAGAUUUUGUAUGUUCCUGACCCAGACUACAUUUCUAGUGUGGACAGCUCCCCCUCUCUAAGUCCUAUAAGUCCCCUAUCACCUACAUCUUCCGAAGCAGAGCUUGACAAGGCUACAGUAAAUGAUCCAGAUGGAGUCCAACAGAAAGAGUUGGGUGCUUCACCAGCACAUGCGUGUGUUCGUCCUACAAGAGUGGUAUCAUCCACUUCUGAAGAGGAGGAAGCAUUUACAGAGAAAUUUCUAAAAAUUAAUUGCAAGUACAUCACUAAUGGCAAGGGUACAGUCAAUGGUGUGCUGCUAGUGACGCCAAAUAAUAUAAUGUUUGAUCCUCAUAAAAUGGAUCCUCUGGUCCAGGAGAACGGCUGUGAAGAGUAUGGCAUCAUGUGUCCAAUGGAAGAAGUGAUGUCAGCUGCUCUGUAUAAGGAAAUUGUGGACAGCAAAAUUAAGGAUUCGUUAACCAUAGAUGUAGAACAGCUGUCUGUAAGGGAACUUUGCCAUUCCAAGAAAGCUGCAAAGAGCAAUACAGAUGAAAUGGAUUCCAGGAUUCGGGAUACAGGCAAUGACAGUGCUAGUACUGCCCCGAGGAGCACAGAGGAGAGUCUCUCAGAAGAUGUCUUCACAGAAUCAGAACUCUCUCCAAUACGUGAGGAACUUGUUUCCUCAGACGAGCUUCGACAAGACAAAUCUUCUGGAGCAUCAUCAGAAUCUGUCCAAACAAUAAACCAGACUAGUGCUGAAUGUUUAACAAUCAUUUCAGACUCAAAUGAAGUUGCCAGUGACUUAAAACCCAGUGCUGAAAUGGUUGUAAAUGUUAAACAGUUUGGUACCCACAGCUUAGGUUUGGAAAGUUCUGAAAUGUCUAUAAAGGGGGGACAAGAACCUAGUGAAAAUAUUGCAGAUAUCCUCCAGCAGUCUUUGCAAGGAUCACACAGUAGUGAAGAGCAUGACAAAGAGGCAGAAGUGGGUAAUGAUCAAGAUUCCUCACUAGGAAAAGAACGAGAAGGAGAGAGUAAGAUGGCAGAGGAAAGUCCAUGUUAUGAAGAUACCACAGAUUCUCAAAAGAAAGAGACAACUAGCAAAGGAAAAGUAGCAAGAGGGCAAACGCAAGACUCGGAGACAGAAGUUGAGGAACUCCGCAACCUCUGGAAGACCCACACUAUGCAACAAACCAAACAACAAAGAGAAAACAUGCAACAGGAUUCACAAAAAGAAAUUGGUCAGAAAACUGUGACUGCAAGAGAUGGGCGAUUAGAAGGUUCUUCUCUUACAAAAGAAAAAAGGCGACAUCGAUCUCACAAGUUUCUGUGUCUCAGGGUUGGAAAACCCAUGAGGAAAACAUUUGUUUCGCAAGCAAGUGCAUCAAUGCAACAGUAUGCACAGAGGGAUAAAAAGCAUGAGUACUGGUUUGCUGUUCCACAAGAAAGGACAGAUCACUUGUAUGUCUUCUUUAUCCAGUGGAGUCCAGAGAUAUAUGCAGAAGAUACUGGGGAAUCUCUUCGGGAACCUGGAUUUAUAGUGGUAAAAAAGAAGGAAGAACCUGAAACUAGUGAAGAAUCUACUACUGAAGAUGCUGCUAAAGAGUGGGAGAUAACAACAAGAGAAGAUAUCAAUUCAAAACAGGCAACAAAUAUCAAAACAGACCUGGAGCCUGAAGCAUUCCGGCCAAAUCUUAGCGAUCCCAGUGAAUUACUACAGCCAGAGCAAAUUGAAAAGCUCACAAAGUCUCUUCCACCACGGACCAUUGGCUAUCCAUGGACUCUUGUCUACAGUACUGCAAAGCAUGGCAUGAGCUUGAAGACUUUGUAUCGAACUAUGCUGGGAUUAGACACACCUGUGCUGUUGGUUAUCAAGGACAGUGAUGGACAGGUUUUUGGUGCACUAGCAUCUGAACCAUUUAAAGUGAGCGAUGGCUUUUAUGGCACUGGGGAGACCUUCAUGUUUACUUUUUCUCCAGAUUUUGAGGUUUUCAAAUGGACAGGAGACAACAUGUUCUUCAUUAAAGGAGACAUGGACUCCCUUGCUUUUGGUGGAGGAGGAGGGGAGUUUGCUCUUUGGCUCGAUGGUGAUCUCUACCAUGGAAGAAGUCAUUCAUGUAAAACAUUUGGGAAUCAUACACUUUCUAAGAGAGAAGACUUCAUUAUUCAAGACAUAGAAAUAUGGGCUUUUGAAUGAGUAUUUAACUACUUCUACAGGGUAUUGUCCCAAACCUGACAUGAAUCAGUGCAGCUCAAAAAUCCCUAGGAGCAAUAUAAUGCACCAUUUUACCUUUCUGAUUUUUUUGGUAAGGUUUUUUUUUUUAGUUAUUAUUUUUAAAUAGCAGACUUUUUUUCAAGCUCUCACAUCUGUAAUAUACUGUCCUACUUUUUCUAAGCUGUAGACACUUUUACAAAAUGGGACAUGUGGACUGAAAAUUAACAUUAGUUACUUUGAGCCUUGCAGCCUACAAAAUUUUCGUAUAUUUAUUACAGUUGCCUCCCAGGUUUCCCACACACACCUUUCUGCAAUCCUGCUAGGGGGCUGCUUCAUUGAAUAUAAGUUAUUAUUUUUGUAUUCAAAUUACGUCUAUGAAUGAAGUUGCCCUCUGUGAACCUAUAUAAGAAGAAAGCUGCGUGUGGGUAUUUGGCAGCAGUACUGCAGAGAUUGGUCUGGACCAAUGAUGGGUUAAUUCAUAUGGUGCCACAAAUAGAUGAGAAGCCUAGCAUUCCUUCUUAACACAUACCAGUACGCAGAUGGUGAAGUUAGAAGAUAUCCAAAGUCAACAGUGCCACUUGUCUUGUUUAUUGUUCAUGUUUAGAAAAAAGUCUGUUAAUAUGUGUUCUAGCUGCAUGCUGAUUGUAUUAAAGAGUGUUUUGCACAUGCUGUUAAUGGUCUGCAGGUUUGGGACAAAUACUGACAAUAUUGAGCUACAUGGCAAGGACUUAUAAAAUAGCAAGGGAAGGUAAGACUGUGAUAGUUCCACAAAAUUAAAAGGCUAAAGCAAGCAAAACUUGGUGAACAACUUGUAGCUAUAGUAGGGCAUUAAAAGUACAGAAACAGAUGCAUCUUUCUUCAACAUAAAGUAUCAGAUAUAUACUGUUAUACUGUUGUAGCCGUGUAGCACAUCAACUCCAAGAAUAUAGCUUAUUCCUGUCCAAAGAAAAAAAUAGUUGUGAUGUUUUUGAGUGGGUCUAUGUUGUAAAUUUACAGUUAGCACCAGCUCUGAUUAAAAUGAGAUAAUGUACUAUAGGUAGACAAUAUUGUAAUUCAGUAGACUUGUGGAAUAUGCAAACUUACUGUCAUGUGACCUCAAAAAAAAUGACAGGCUAGAAUACAGUUCCAGUAGCUCUUGUCCACUUUUGUAGGAAAAUUGAUAAGCCAUUGUGGCAAUAACAGCUCAACAAAACUGUUUGUUUCAAAGCUUUUAUUCUAUGUUCUGGAAAAAAAAAAAAAAAAAAAAAAAAAAAAAAAAAAAAAACCAAACAAACAAAAAAAAAAUUGCUGUUAAGUGUGACAGUGACUGACUUUGUGCUGAAAUUUCAGCUAUUUCAGAUGAACAUUGUAUAUUAUCUUGUAAAUUAAUGUUUAAAGUAGUUUUGUUAUUAUAGAAAAGUGUCGAUUGACGGGUUGCUUAUAGCACUUUAAAUUAUUCUAGAAAUGGAAUAAAAGCCAAAUGGGUUGGCUUAAGUAGAUGUAGUUGUAUAUUAUUUCAAAAUAUUUACAUCUCUGGAAAGUUCUAAAAACUUAUUUGAAGACAGCUUACUGCUAUGGUAAUGAGAAAGGGCAGAUGUUUCAUCUAUAAUAUGCUAAUGCUCAAUAUGAAUAGAAAUACAGGGCUUUGUUUCCUGUCUCUAUGUAUAGCUCUUUAUCCUUACUAGAACUUAGUACAAUGUGUAGACUGAAUGUUUACAAAAUAAGGAAUUGUAAAUAAAUUGAAAUGGCUUUUCUCCCCUUUGGUCUUCCACAGCAGUAUUAUUGUCUUUGUGGAGUUAAGACUGAUUAUUACAACAACAAAAAAAUCCUGUAAUGGAUUUUAAGUACUCUAAGGUCACAGUGAUGUAUAGCAAAUAAAUCUAAAUAUAUGUAAAAAUAAA